UUUUCUCCCGACUAAAGAAAUAAUCGAUCCCGUUGUUGGUUUCUUCUGCUCCUAUGAAAAUUUCAGUAUUAGAGUGGAAUGGUGCCAAUUAUUUAUGCCGCGAUGAGAAAUCCUCAAAUCCAUCUUUGGCAAAAGCGAACCGUUCUGUUUAUUUUAUUUUUAACACCCUUUACUUAAUAUCAAGGUGGUAUUUUUAGGAGAUAGCUUGGAUAAAGAUUUUCGGAAUUUGUGUUUUACUCCGAAUAGAUGCGACCAACGCCUGAACGUCCCAAGGACAGGCUUUUAGCGGCAUCUAUUGCAAAUCGCCACACCCUUAUUUAUUUACGAAAAUAUACAGGUUAUUGAUCAAUGCGUUUCGACCAGCACUGAACUAAAACGACUUUGACUAGGAGCGUUAAGUUUCCAAAACUAGUAUUCGUUCGCUAAUUGCUCAACAUUAUUUGUGUCGAGAUGGGGCGCGCUCGUAUGGCUUUUGACGUGCAAAUAAUGUUUUCAAAUGAGCGCUGUUUCAAUGUUGCCUAGAUCGUACACCAGGUGACAGUCGAUCGUUGAACAAUCCGACGCACAAAAAUAAUGCAAACCAAUGCAAUUUCCCGGUUAAAAACUUAAAUAUCUAUAAGAAAUGGCUCCCAGUGGUAUGACUAAUGCUUCUUUAGCUGGAGUUUGUGCAGCUUUUGCUGGAAUAUGUGCCAAAUUUGCGCUUUCACCGGAGAACCCUCAAGUACUUGUCCGAAUCUUGGAUCCUUACAUUCCACCAUCCUAUAACUCAUGGAUGAUUAGAGGCUUUUUUGCAUUAGCUACACUCACCUUCAACUCUCUGAUGCUUACGUUGACUGCCAAGGCACUGCAGUUGUGUCCAACGACAGUUCAAUCAGUUGUGACAACUUCAGCUGUAAAUUUCCUAGUCACAGGAAUCUUGGGGACGGUGUUCCUUGGAGAGUAUGUUGGUUUCAUCGGAAUUAUUGGAAUGAUUUUCAUUCAAGUAGGGGUUCUGAUAAUAAGUAAUGAAAAGGAAAAGGUAGACUGAUGUUGAUCUCAUGUUAUUACAAAUUCAAUGCUACAUAAACACUUCAUGUGAAUUACAUUCUGGGCAUUUCCCCCUGUAAUUUUUUUA